UUCGUUAGGAAUUUCUGUCAAAAUUUGCAAUAAAAUAUUGUUUUUUUUAAAGAAAAAAAAAUGCUGUUGAAACGUUUGCCUUAACAAUUGCCCAACCCCAGGUUUAACAUCAAAAUUCGUGGUCAAAAAUGGAGUCUCAACCCGACUGUGAAUCUUCGGGGCAAAUGGUCAAACAAACUGAAGAAAAACUGCCAAAAUGCUGUUUUGUUAUUACCGUAGGGUCUAAUGGUCACAUCGAAAUUAGUUCUCAUAAACCAGACAAUGUGGCAAAUACGCCAGAAGAUGGAAAAUAUUGUGAUAAUUCCACAUUGACUGACAAGGCUGUAAAUCAAAAAUUUAGCAUAGAUGUGCUGAAAGAUUAUGCGAAUGGUAUCAAUGAUCUUCAAGCAAACUUAGCCGAUGAUCAAGAAGUUAAAAGUCUGAGGAAGAAUAAAAUAAAUGUGGAAUUGCAAAAAACUUUAGUUCUACCACGGUUCGUUAAAAUUUGCAACAAAGACCUGGCGAACAGGCCUUCCUUUGUGGUUCUCGGAGAUGCUUUGGCGCGAAAUCGAGUCAAACAGGAUAUGGGCCAUCCAAGAUCAGAACAAUUAGUUCCCUGCCAUGCCCAACAGCAGACUUCGCGGUCACAUAUUAGUUCCCACGCUGGAUCUCAAACAGAUCAGUAUUGUGCCCAAAAAAGUGUGGAAUUCAACAACAAUAGCACCCAGAAAGGUCAUUCAAAACUAUAUACGCAAAUCGCAGCCCAGGUCCGCCAAAAACUGAAUAGUUUAAAUAAUAAAUCAACGCAAUUGGUUCCCGAAACAAGGAACAAAGCUGGCAACACUUCAUUUUCUCAGAAGCAACAUCAGAAAUUGUCAGAGCAGAUACAGCAGCAACAUCAACUUCAGUUGCAUGAGCAGACACAAAAUGAGCACAACCAAAAGCUUAUAGAAAUGCAGGAGGAACUGCAUAAGGUGACACAGCAGCAACAUCAGUCAAUGCAGCAGUCACAGCAGCAACUUCAGCAGCCUUUCAGCAACACUUCUUCACAUAUGUCCUUCGGUUUCUUACCAAUGACCCAGAAUGGAGCAACACCAGGCAGACCUAUGAUGUAUCCUGGCCAGCAAUUCCUGAGUUCGGCACCGGGCAACUUGUCGAGUUGUUCCUGUUGCAGCUGCAGCAAUUGCUGUUCGCCGAGGACACCUCAAGUCUGCCAAAUGCCCCUGAUUAAGUGUUGCAGCCAGGCUCAAAAUCUGGGACACGGAAGCAACUGCAGCAUGCUGAAACCGGAAAACUAUGCUAACUGCCUCUGCAGUGGCUAUGCUUCGUGCAGUCCAUUUUCGAAUCUGCAACCACAUUCUUCUUUGGCAUUUGAUGGCCAUGCUAAUUCCAUUCAUCAGUACACUCAGCAUAUGAUGCCACCCGUUAUGGGAGCUUCGACUUCUACGCUGCAGAACCAACAAUUAAAUAUUCCCAUUGCCACUGGGUUUUACUCUGGCUGCCCUUGCCAGCCAUUGUGUACUUGCCACCAGUGCUCGCAUUUCAGGAUGCAAGCCCAUCAGCAAUAUUGUUGCCAUUACCCAUGGUUUUUCAACAACCAACAAAUGUAUCAAUCGCAGUUGCAACAGCAACAGUUGCAGCAGCAACAAUUGCAACAGCAACAGUUGCAGCAGCAACAACAACAAUGUGUCUGCUGCCCCAUAAAUCUUAAUAAACGACGUCAAAAUUUAACCAAAGGAGCCGAUGAUGAAGUAAAGGAAAUAUUUUGCAAGAAGCCAGCUGAGAUUCCAAAACAGGAAAACAAGCAGCAACCCGUAAAGCUUAAUAAUCAACCAAUCAGCAAGAAGUCACACAAGAUACAAAUUUGAUUGAUUGGUGGUGCUGCCCAUAUCAAGAGGAAUUCCAUAUCCAUAUCCUCAUUGUAUAUAGCUCGAUUCGGAAGAAGUUGCCUGAUUCUGAGACCCACCAGCACUGCUCUAGUGCCAAGUCUCUUGGCCAAGCGAAU